UAUGGCGAUUCUUUAAAAAAAGACAAUAAAAUGUGAAAUAAAUGACAUGCAAAAAGUACUCCCGCAAGAUUUCGAAUUCAUAUAUUGUGCAAAGAAUUUGAAAUAAUACUAUUAAUAAAUCAUUUAAAUGGAUCUAAAUGGCAACCCUCUCCGUAAAUUAUUGGUGAAAUUACAACGCUUUUCGCGAGCCCCUGGAAAAAGAAAAUUCCUAUAUAUUACUUUAGGUAUUGUCGCGUACCUUUUCGUGAGUUCAGCCGUUUGGAAAUACCAUUCAGAGAAGAGCUACACUAGUAAACUGUCUUUGAUAAGGAAGAGACUGUUACGUUAUUGCAAUCCACCAGGACCACCGCUUGGUAACGAACACAAUGAACCAAUGGAAUAUGCCCAAUUUACACUGAAGCAAGUCCAGGUCGUCACUCGUCAUGGAGACAGGUCAUCAAUCGUAGAAAAUUUCCCAAAUAUGAUGCAUUUUAAUUGUGAGCUAAGGUCGCCAAAUUUGCAGCAUGACCAGAAACUCCAAAUGUUGAAGAAAAUGUCAAAGUUUUUGAGAAUUGUUGAAGUAAAGGAACAAGAAAAAGUCGACUCAGAUUUUUUGUUGAAUGAGAGAAAAAUCUGUAAAACAGGUCAGUUGACAGGAAGAGGUUACCUUCAAUUCAUAUAUCUUGGAGAAUAUAUGCAGAAUAUGUAUGGACGAAGACUUCACUUGGACCUUGCUAGUGUUGAAGAAGAGCAAAUAAUUGUGUUUGCAACCCCUUUUGAACGAACUCAGCAGAGUGCUGCAGCAUUCCUAGUUGGUAUGCUUGACAGGAUGUUCAAGAAUAUCCCAGCAAACAUUUCAGAUCUUUCUCCAACAGUAAAGAUUCAAGUAUCAUCAGAUGUGCUGGGUUACUUUAGGGAAGAUGAAAACAAUGAGAUCCCAUCUUGUCCGGAACUUAAGCGACUAAUCAAAAAGGAGCAAAGACACUCCAGCAGCCUUGGACCUUUGUCUAAUAAAAUCUCCGAAAGAUUUAAUCUCGCUGCACAAAAACUUCCCACAAUGACACAAUUGUUUGACAUAGUUGCUACACACCAAUGUCAUCAUCACCCACCUCCCUGUGGCCCUGGGGGAUGCAUUGACGAUGCAGUAAAACUGGACCUCCUGAAAGCCAUAGACGAGUUUAUAACGACAAAAUACACAGCAACUGCCACACUUGCUGCCCACCCUCUGCUGUCAAAGAUUGCACAACAAAUGCUCACCCACAUAACCAAUGGAGGUUAUACAAGAUUGGUUCUAUUUGCUGCACAUGACUCUACUGUUGCCCCAUUGCUGAUUGACCUGGGCAUUUUUCAGAACCAAUGGCCAAGUUAUGCUUCAAGAAUUGUGUUUGAGCUUUGGGAGGCUGGAGGUUUGCUGGGAAGUAAACUUGCAGGAGAAAAUAUGGACAAGUAUUUUAUUAGAGUGCUAUAUGAUGGACGUGACUUUACAAAAAAGUUAAAGUUUUGUAAUGGAAAGUUAAAGUUUGGAAAGUUGUGUCCACUGAAGGCUUUUAUAAAGGCACUAGAGGGCCACUCUGAAAGUAUGGAUGUGGAGUAUAGUAGGUUAUGUGCAGGCUAAUGUGAAGAUUUAGCAAUUUAAUGAAAAAUACACAAAUCUUAAUUUGCCAUAAUCAGAUCUCCAG